GGGGAUUCUGCGCAGUGAUUGGUUGCGGCACGAUAGGAACGUGACUUCAGGUAGUUGGAUAGUCCACGCCAGGCAGUGAUUGGUUGUCGAGAGGCGUGGUGACUCGACCACUGAAGAAGUAGCCGCCGCGGCGCGGAGAGCCAUGGGUCAGGCGGCCAAGGUUUUACAGCUCUUUAAAACAUUACACAGGACCAGACAACAGGUUUUUAAAAAUGAUACCAGAGCAUUAGAAGCAGCCAGAAUAAAGAUAAAUGAAGAAUUCAAAGGUAAUAAAAGUGAAACUUCUCCCAAGAAAAUAGAAGAGCUAAUAAAAAUAGGUUCCGACGUUGAAUUGUUACUCAGAACAUCUGUUGUACAAGGUAUUCAUACAGACCACAAUACAUUGAAAUUGGUCCCUAGGAAAGAACUCCUUAUAGAAAAUGUGCCAUACUGUGAUGCACCAACUCAGAAAAAAUGAGUUUUCUAGGAUAAACUCAAGCUUUGUAGUUUUUAAUCUUAAAUAUAUAACUCUGGCAAAAGUUUUGGAAAUGGAAAUAUUCCUCUUAGAACUGGCCUGUUGAAAAUGAAUGAAGUAUUGCAUCAUAAUUAAAUUUCACAUUAAAUGAACAUUGCUGAAAACUGCAGAACAUAGUUAAAUAUUUCUAGACAGCAUUAGAUAAGAAGACCUGUAAUUUGCAUAUAAAAUCAAAGUUUAUAAAGUAAAAUGAACGCUUAGGGAGGCAUGUCAUACUCAUUUCUCUUUGACCUUGAUGAGUAUUUUAGUCUCACCAUAACUAAGAGUGCAGUGUUUUGACAAGUUGGUGGGUUUUCCUCCCAUGUGAAAUGAAACUGUUAGAUUAAAAUUAUUAGAUUAAAUUUAUGAUUAGUCCCACAAACCUUAAAUUAGUAAAAAAUCAUAGCAUAUACCAACUCUCUAUAGAAAGUGGCCUUUGUUUCCUAUAAAGCAUUGACAUUAUUUCUGUAAUUAUUCUAACAAAUAAUUAUACACUUUCAUUUCAGAGACAGAGCAUCUCUCUGUUCCUGUAAAGACAUUUUUUUUCAUAAGUCUUCUGAAGAUAGAUGAAUAAAAUAUCAAAAUCACCUAGGAUCACUGUGGAAUAAAUCCGAAUUUUUUUAGGAAGGAGUGACCCUUGAUCAAACUAUAUAAUAUAGCCUUAGUAGAAAUAGCUGUACUUAGACAUAGCUAGACUUUAUAAUGAAAAUGUAAUACAUGGCUCCAUUCUUUCCAUUUUAAUCAAUAAACUUAAAUGGCUUUUUUUUCCCCACAUAUCCCAUCCCUCCCUGACAAGAUUGGGAAUAUCACAGAACAGUUUGUCAUUGUACCCUCUAAUGGUAGGAAUUAUAAAAUUGUAUUUAAUAAUCUUCUUGUUUUUCUUUUAUCUGUGUGUCUUUACCAUUCUCUGUUCUUAGUGAACAGUGUGUUCUUUCCUAAUUCCCUGAUAAGUUUUCCCAAUAACAAUACAGAGUUUUAAAUUUUUGCAAGAUUCUUUUUUUUCUUUAAUAUUUAUUUUUGAGAGAGAGCACAAACAGGGGAGGGGCAGAGAGAGAGAGAGAGAGAGAGAGAGAGAGGGCGAGUGAGAAUCCAAAAUUGAUUUUGCUCUGACAACAGGGCUCGAAUCCAUGAACUGUAAGAUCAUGAGCAGAGCUGAAACCAAGAGGCAGAUGCUUAAUCAACUGAGCUACCCAGGCACCCGUAAAAUUUUUGCAAGAUUCUUGAUGCAAGCUUUGUUUUUUGGCAAAACAUGGAUAUAUCCAUUCUGGAUAUGAAAUGUUAGGUUUUAACGUAAUUUAAUUUUAAAACAUAAUAAAAUAAUUUAAUUUUAGAAAAUCAAAGAUUUUUCUAAAUUCCUUAAGACAUAUUAUACUUAACAUUAAGCCAUCGACUAUCCUUAAUGCCUUCUAAUACUUUUGAGGAGAGUAGUUAGUAGUCUGUGAAAUGGUUUAUACAUGUCAAAAGAUUUGCUAUGUUAGUUUUUCAUCUCCCAUGUAUAUUUGUUACUUAUGUGGAAAUUAUACCUACAUAAAAAUAAAAGUUGUUUGCUAUUUGAAAUUUGCCUUAAUAAAAGUAUGCUGAAAAUUGUCAUAAUACCAUCACUGGUAAUUUGCCUGACUUACUACUGUUUCAUUAAGUAUAUUAUAUAUUUUAAGGAAAUUUGCCUGACCUAGGUUAAUUUAACAUAUUUUAAUUAUUUCCGUAUUAUUGAACAGUUUUAGCAGUUCUUAGCUUUCUCUCUUUAAUCUUAAUUCCCUUGUUCAAUUCUUCACUCACAUUAAUUUAAAUAUCUCAACAGGGUUUUUUUUAAUAGUUACCAUUAAGAGCAAUAGAGGUUAAUAAUUCAUAGGUUUAUUUUAUUAAAAUAGUGGCUUUGAGAUUUUCUCCAAGAUACAUGUUUUAGAUAUAUAAGAGAAAAGAUCCUGUUUAUAUUAGCAAACAAAACUAUAAAAUAGAAAUAGACUUUUUAGAGGUUCCUGGAUGGCUCAGUCGGUUAAGCUGCUGACUCUUGAUUUUGGCUUGAGUCAUGAUCUCAUGGUUUGUGAGACUGAGCUUUGCAUUGGGCUCCGCACUGCAGCGCAGAACCUGUUAGGGAUUCUCUAUCCCGUCUCUGUCUGUCCUCCUUGAGCAGAUAGAUACACACUCUCUCAAAAAUAAAUAAAUUAAAAAAAAAAGGAAAUGGACUUUUUUU